CCUACAUCAGCCGCCAUUGCUAGACGUCCAUCCGUUCUGGACUUUCAGCGGAAUUUUAUAUUGCGGACAUUUUAAUAAUUUUAGUGAAUUUCGGACAUUCUGGACUCUGUGUGGUGAACUAAUGUGAUUAAUUUUGAUAUUGUCGUACAUAAGGACUUGUACAAGUGCUCAAUCUUUACGAAAUCGCGGCCAAUGUCAGCAGGCGUGUCAGAUCAGCGGAUGAAAGGGCAAGGGAAUCAAGUAACAAAUGCACCGAAAGAGCACCAGUUAGAGAGUGGAGGCGACGAGUUGGCGGAGGUGUCAUGGCGUCAUCAGCAACAACCAUCAUAUGCACCACCCAUCUCGUCCGCGGCCGACCCCUACAGCGCGGCAGGUUAUUACGGUACAACAGCACUUCCUUAUCAAGCUUUUGGAGUCGGGGAUGGGACAUGGUCCACCAAUGGAACAGACCCGAUGACUUUCCUCGGAGGAUACAAUCCUCACGAUUCGUAUGGAAUGGAUGGUAGUGUAUUCGGACCAUCAACGACACCAUUCUCGACUGCCGCGUUCGGGCAACCGGCGUCGACCUUUAAUUAUUUCCACGGUAACGGCGAUUACUCUACUUGGGGUCAAUUAGGUCGUGCGAAGCAGUAUGACGACUACUACAGAGCCGAGGGGCUGUACGUGCCCGACGGCAUCAAGGCGGUGGAGGCUGGGGUGCAGGCGCUCGCGCUCGAUCACGGCAAGGACAAGGAGCGCGCGCCCGAGCUCAAGGACGUGUCGGGCGGCGGCAUGCAGCCCAAAAAGAUGACGUGGGCCUCCAUCGCGAGCCAGCCGGCCAAGCCGGCGCCCUCCUCGCAGAGCGGCGGGCUGAAGAAGAAGGGCCCCGGCAUGCCCCCGCCGCCGAUCGUGCCCGGCAAGCACAACAUGGACAUCAACGCGUGGGACGCCGGCAAGAGCACGCCGGUGGUGACGGCGCCGCCGCCGCCGCCGCUGCAGCCGCCGCCCGCGCCCGCGCCGCUGCCGCUGGCGCCGCCCGCCGGCCCCGCGCCGCCGCCGCGUGGCCCGCCGCCGCAGCACGGCCCGCCGCCACCGCCGGGGGGCUGGGCGCCGCCGCACACGCCCCGCGCGCCGCCGCCGCCGCUGGCUCGCCCGCCGCUGCCUGCGCCGCCCGCCGCCAUGCCGCCGCCCGCGCCCUCGCAGCCGCCCGCCCAACAUCCCGUUCUCGAUGAGCUGCGCGUUAAAAACGACUACAAUCCGAAGGAGUUCGAUCUGAGCGCGCCACUGGCGCGAUUCUUUGUGAUCAAGUCGUACUCUGAGGACGACAUCCACCGCAGCAUCAAGUAUGAGAUCUGGUGCAGUACGGAGCACGGCAACAAGCGGCUGGACGCGGCGUUCCGGGAGCGCGAGCGGGAGGGGGGUAUGGUGUACCUGUUUUUCUCGGUGAACGGUAGCGGCCAUUUCUGCGGCAUGGCGCGUAUGACGAGCGCCGUCGAUUAUAAUUCUAACUCUAGCGUGUGGUCGCAGGAUAAGUGGAAAGGACAAUUCCGCGUGAGGUGGAUUUAUGUUAAGGACGUUCCGAACGUGCAACUGCGUCAUAUCAAAUUAGAAAAUAAUGAGAACAAGCCGGUGACGAACUCUCGCGACACUCAGGAGGUGCCGCACGCGAAGGGUCUGCAAGUGUUACGUAUCAUGCACAGUUAUUGUCACUCUACGUCGAUUUUCGACGACUUUGUGCAUUAUGAGAGGCGCCAGGAAGAAGAGGACUCUCGCAAGGUACCUCACCACAACAACCAGGACAAUAAUCGUGAGGAGCACGAGGGAGGCCGCGGGUACCGCCCGUACCGCGACUAUCGCGACCACCGCGACGGACGGGACGGUCGCGAUGGACGUGACCCCCGUGACGGUCGCGACGGCCGAGACGGGCGCGACGGUCGUGAUGGACGCGACCAUCGCGACAACCGCGAGCCGAGGGAGCACCGCGACCCGCGGGACUCCCGCGAUCACCGCGGUGACCCCCGCGGCGACCCCCGCGGUGACCACCGCGGUGAACCCCGCGACCCCCGUGACCACCGUGACGACCGCGACGGCAGAGACAAUCGCGACCACGGUUACCGUGAUCGUGAUUCCAAUUAUAGGUCCCAUCAUAAUAAGGAUCGCGAUGGUUCCCGUGGCCGCGGUCGCCCUCGCAACUGAUGUUUCAGACGUGUGAGGACGAUUUGAGGACUGGCUUCUCCCCAUAGACUUCUAGUACUCGAGAUAAAAAUUGGUACAGGAUUGCACGCCGGAUGUAUGUGUAGAGACAAAAACUAAGAAGUCCUUCAAUGACGUGACUGAUGAACGUUGCGUUUCUCCCUGAACAAUUAUAAUGUAACAUAGAGUAUUAAUUGUUUUAAACAGUGCUUCACUAAGGAAAAACUUUCAACAAAUUAAAACGUGCUAAAUAAUAUUUUAUACUGGAUGAACGUUUAAUUAAACAAACGCAUAGUGAACAGAACAUUAACAAAUGCUAACACUCGCCAUGUGUCGGCCGCGUCUGAUGUCGAGUGAAAUUGUGGACUUUAUUUCAAAUUUGUGGACUGAAUCAAUGAAAUAUAGUAAUUUUUAUAACUAGGAAAUUCUGUGGUGAGAGGAGUUGAUCCUUUUGAUGAGGGACUGAUGAAGUUUAAUCAAAAGAAAAAUGAUAAAAAGAAUAUCGCUAUAGGUGUCACUUGACAAGUGCAGUGUUAUAUUAGCACUUACAUCAGUGUCUAUAAAAUGUAAUGAGAAUGUUGAUAAUUGUAACAGUGGUGAUGUAUUGUAACUUUUAUAUUACAGACAAAUUAUAAUCAAAUGAGGUGUGGACAUUUUGUAUACAUUUUUUUAAUACCAAUAUAAAGCAUGUUUUUAUGGAAAUGGGUUCUCUCGUGGCAUUGUGCUCAGUUUUACUCCACGCACUGACUAGUUUCACAUUUAUAAACUUUAUUUUUGUAGACAAAUUGCACUUUGUUCAUUAGUUGCUAUUGCCUGGAGUAAGAUUGUAUGUAUCCACCAAAUUGAAAGGGCAACAGUAGAAAUUAAUUUAAUUAUUAUUUCUAUAGUUAUAGUUAGAUAUGGAUUGUUCCUUGUUGGAUUUUUUAACAUAUGUACAUAUAUAUAUUUUAAUAAAAAAUAUAUUUUCUACUUUUAAGUGCAACUACAGUGUGACGAGAGAAAUUUGACGAUCGACAGAAAAUAUCCAUUUUAUCUCUCAACAUGUUUGUUAAAUACAUAUACACGUUAUUAUCUCCCCACCUUAAUUUAAAGUGCCUUUUUGAUUUUACAAUAAAUAAUUUGAAAUUUAUUCUUAAUUUCAGUAAAUAACGUAGUUAUAGUGCCACAUCAUGGAUGGUAUUUUUAUUUUUCAAUACUUAUAUUAUUUUGUAGUUAAUAAUUUGCUGAUGCAUUCUUUUUGUUUUAACAUUUAUAGUUUAAAUACUGAAUGGUCAAACAAUAUUUUCUUCACAAAAUACAUGGUCUGGAUUUGAAAAUCUGUCAUGCUAUUAGUUAACAUUCUCUUAAACUGAUACUGGAUUAAAUUGUCAUAGAAAUCU